AUGGAAGUUUCUAAUAGUUUGAUUAGUAAGAUCCACAGUUCCUUUUCUGGUGGCUUACAUUUUGCAACACCAAUAUUUUCCUUGAGGACCAAUGAAGUAGACCUGGUGCGAGGUGUGUUACAAAUUUUACAAGGGUUAUCCAGUUCUUUGUUCUAUUGGGACAAUAUUGGACAGAGGUUCUGUCCCAUAAGUAGGAUUUAUGUAACUCAUCUUUCCCAGACAAGUCUUCAUCUCGUUCUGGAUCAAUUUCUGUAUGCUGCAACAUGUUUACAACUCGUAGAGAUUGUUUGCAAUAAAGUGGAGACUUCUGCAAGAUCACCUCCACCUACUUUGAGAGCAUUUGUGUGCUCUAUUUCUGCUUGGCUUAGCGUUACGGAAUAUUGCUAUGAAAGAGGAGACAAAGAUAAGCAACUCCAACGGUCGAACUGCUCCAACCCUUUUGGGACUGGGGAGUUCCUUGUCAAGGUGCGAGGUGUGUUACAAAUUUUACAAGGGUUAUCCAGUUCUUUGUUCUAUUGGGACAAUAUUGGACAGAGGUUCUGUCCCAUAAGUAGGAUUUAUGUAACUCAUCUUUCCCAGACAAGUCUUCAUCUCGUUCUGGAUCAAUUUCUGUAUGCUGCAACAUGUUUACAACUCGUAGAGAUUGUUUGCAAUAAAGUGGAGACUUCUGCAAGAUCACCUCCACCUACUUUGAGAGCAUUUGUGUGCUCUAUUUCUGCUUGGCUUAGCAGGUUACGGAAUAUUGCUAUGAAAGAGGAGACAAAGAUAAGCAACUCCAACGGUCGAACUGCUCCAACCCUUUUGGGACUGGGGAGUUCCUUGUCAAGUAUUUCCUCAGGAGCUGAAUUUUUAUUGCAAAUAGUGUAUGGAGCCAUACCUCAAGUCUAUUUUGAACUUGAUCCUCCGGUCCUGGCUGCUGACAUUGCCACACAUAUUCUUGAUUAUCUUUAUAAGAAGCUCAAUGAAGUUUGUCUUGUGCAAGGUGGCGAGGAGGAUGCAUAUAGGAUGCUACUUUAUAUAUUUGUUGGGAGUUUAUUGCCAUAUAUAAAGGGUUUUGAUUCCUGGCUUUUUGAAGGAACACUUGAUGAUCCUUUUGAGGAGAUGUUCUUUUAUGGUAACAAAGCAAUUGGAAUAGAUGAGGCUGAGUUCUGGGAGAAGAGCUAUCUUUUGAGACGAACGCGGUAUCAGAAGUUGGAUGUCGCUUACACCACUGAUCUUCAACCUUUAACAGAUGAUAAGAAGGAUGUAACAGGAAGAGAGUCCAUUUCCGUUUCAAUUUCUGCAAAAAGAAAAGAUCGGAAUGAGAGAGACCUUCAAGUUUGUCCUUUGUUUAUGAAGGACAUAGCUAAGUCAAUUAUUUCUGCUGGAAAAUCUUUGCAGCUGAGUCGACGUGCUCCCUCAGCAUGCUUAGCGGUAUUUGGUGAUAAUCAAGAGAUUGGGCAGAGCAUAGCUGCGAUUACUUUGUCAGAGAUCUUUUGUGUCUCAGUAGUAGCUCUUGUUGGCCAUGGUGAUCACAUCUCCAAAUGCUUUUGGGAAGAUGAAAGAAUUGUUUCCUUGUUUCACUCUUCUGUGGGAAAACAAAAACCACAAGUAACUGGAGAGAGCUUGCCAGGCGUAGCAUGCUCUGAGAAGAUUUGGUAUAAGUUAUUAGCUGAUACAUUUUCUAGGAACAGAGAGAUUGAUUUAACAUCUAUGCCUAAGGAUGCCAGCAAUUUUACUGAUGCUAAGGGAGAGAAUGUUGCUACUGUUGUUACAACUGAAGUGCCCCUUGUUAGANUCUAG